ACCUUGAAGAUAACCAUGAGUACCCGCACCAUCAGCAUCAGUGGUGGCAGGAGUAGCCUGGGAGGUGGCAGCGUCAGACAGAGCUUCUCAAGCCACUCAGCCUUCGCUGUGCCCUCAGGCUCAAGGACCAGGGCUGUCAGUGUCCGUCGCUCUGGCUUCGGCCUUGGUGGUGCCGGCAGCGGUGGCUCUGCUGUCAACUACAGCAUGAGCAGCUACGGAGGAGGCUUGGGUCUCGGAGCAGGAGUUGGUGGAGGUGUCGGAGGAGGUCUUGGAGGUGGCUUUGGAGCUGGAGGCUUCGGAGCUGGAGGCUUCAGCGGUGCAGGUGGCGCUGGGUUUGGGGGUGCUGGUUUUGUGCCACCCCCCAUCACAGCUGUUACUGUCAACUCAAGCCUCCUUCAGCCUCUCAAUCUAGAGAUCGACCCCAACAUCCAAGUUGUCCGCACACAAGAGAAAGAGCAGAUUAAGUCUCUCAACAACCGCUUCGCUUCCUUCAUCGACAAGGUACGUUUCCUGGAGCAACAGAACAAGAUGCUCGAGACCAAAUGGAGCCUCCUUCAGGAACAGACCACCACCCGUUCCAACAUCGACGCCAUGUUCGAGGCCUACAUUGCCAACCUCCGCAGACAGCUGGACGGUCUUGGAAAUGAGAAGAUCAAGCUGGAGGGAGAGCUGAAGAACAUGCAGGGUCUGGUGGAGGACUUCAAGAACAAAUAUGAGGAUGAAAUCAACAAGCGCGCCUCUGUGGAGAACGAAUUCGUCCUGCUGAAGAAGGAAGUCGAUGGGGCCUACAUGGGCAAGAUUGAGCUUGAGGCUAAAGUUGACGCCCUUCAGGAUGAGAUCAACUUCCUCAGGGCCAUCUAUGAGGAGGAGCUGCGUGAACUUCAGGGACAAGUCAAGGACACAUCGGUCAUCGUGGAGAUGGACAACAGUCGCAACCUGGACAUGGAUGCCAUUGUGGCCGAGGUCCGCGCUCAGUACGAGGACAUCGCCAACCGCAGCCGUGCCGAGGCCGAGUCGUGGUACAAGCAGAAGUUUGAGGAGAUGCAGUCGUCUGCUGGCCAAUAUGGAGACGACCUCCGCAACACCAAGGCUGAGAUCGCAGAGCUCAACCGCAUGAUCAGCCGACUCCAGAAUGAAAUUGAGGCUGUUAAGGGACAGCGAGCCAACCUGGAGGCUCAGAUUGCAGAGGCAGAGGAACGAGGAGAGCUGGCAGUGAAGGAUGCCAAACUCCGCAUUAAGGAAUUGGAGGAGGCCCUGCAGAGAGCCAAGCAGGACAUGGCACGGCAAGUGCGCGAGUACCAGGAGCUCAUGAACGUCAAACUGGCCCUGGACAUUGAGAUCGCCACUUACAGGAAACUCCUGGAAGGAGAGGAGACCAGGAUCGCCUCUGGUGGCGGAAGCGCAACCAUCCAUAUUCAGGAGAGCUCCAGUGGUGGUGGUGGUUCUGGAUUCGGUGGUGGUUUCGGCUAUGGUGGCGGCGCUGGUGGAGCUGGCUUUGGCCUGGGUGGCGGCAUUGGUGGCGGCCUGGGUGGCGGCAUUGGUGGAGGCAUGGGCUUUGGCGGCGGCUCCAGUCUCAGCCUGGGUGGAGGGGGAGGUUCAAUGACCAUGUCCCGCUCCUCCACAGUACAGCAACGUCGCUUAUAAACACACAAUGUCCCUCCAAACCCCCCCACCCAACUCUCCACUCCAUCUUCUACUGAAUAACUUCCACUCAGAACCUGCCACUGAGUAUCUAAGAAUUUCUCAGCAUCCCUUCUCUUCUUCAUCUUCGCACCACACUGAAUGUAUUCCUAGAGUAUCUGCUGACAUGUAUCAAAUAUGUUUACAUGUGUUCAGCACAGAGCAAAGCUACUCAACGCACCACGAGCUCAGUGGAUGCUCUAGGUCUACAGCGUCCACUGCCACUGCCAAACCUGAAUAAAAGUUGACUCUGUACACUUAA